GAGGACGCAGGCAUGUUUUCACCCACGCUGGCAGGACCUUCAACAUGACAGCAGACCACCCUGCAGCACCUCUCCUCCCUGAUUUAAAAUUUGAAACAUGUAUGGAGCAUGAACGGGGUGCCUUUCAGACGGAACAUGAGCUGCGAGCAGAGUCGGUGGGCCAAAACAGCAGCGACACAUCAGUAGUGCUAACCAACCAGGCUGCAGCAAUGUACCUCCCUCCAAUCCCUUCCACCCCCGUUCUCUACCUCUCCCAUCAGCACUCUGUCCCUCUAUUAGGUUUCAGGCGUCUCUUCCUCCCGAACUGAGCAACACGCACCAAACAGAAGAUUGGACAAAAAAAAACCAGCCUGGCUGUCCUGGUCCUCUCUGACGUCUCAUCCCAUCAUAUUAUUCUCUUACUGCAGCCGCCCCCAACAUCACUGCAGAUCUAUUCAUAGCUCUUAGUGUCUAAUUUCAGCAUCCAUCCCACUUUUUUUUUUUUUUACUAAAUUUCUUACAGUUUUUUGCUCAAUUCACUCAUCCAGAAAAGCACAGCUGUGUCUCACAGUCACUACAGCGCCACAGCCAUCCGUCUCGCGCACGCUUCAUACCGAAUCCCUGAUUUGUUCUUCUCGUCUUUCCCUUCUGAUCUUUGCUGAUUCUCGCCUCUGACCAGUAUGUGGUCCAACUUCUUUGUGCAGCAGGAAGAGGAGGGCCGCAUGGGGGUGGCAGGGGGCGGUCAGGGCGGGGGUGUGGCCGGAAUGAAGGGUUUUAGGGGACAAAGGAGGACCAACAAGAUGAGCGACAGCCAGGAGGGCAAGAUCAAGCUGGUCUUCUUCGUGGCAAUCAUCGGGGGGACCCUGACGGUGUUGGGUGUGGGCACAGAGUUCUGGGUGGAGCUGGCCCAACCAAAGAAUUUCAGUGGCAACCAGACCUGCCAGAUGGCCCACUACGGCCUAUGGAAAGGCUGCGUCCGCACCCUGUGGGUGUCCGACAUAGACCCGGAAAGGACGAGCUGCGGCCCUGUUGAACUACCUGGAGAAUCCAACUGCACCUACUUCAAGUUCUUCACCUCUGGGGAGAACGCAGUCAUAUUCCAGAAGACGACUAACAGGAAUUUGAAUUUAGCUGCAGCAAUCUUGGCGCUUUUGAGCCUGACCAUGAUGGUGAUGGGCUCUAUCUGUAUCGCCAUGUCGCUCAACAAAGGAGUUCCCUUCUUUCUCAAACCAGCAUCCUUCUGUUUCGUCCUAUCAGGUGUUCUGGUUCUCCUGUCGGUGUUGAUUUUCCACCAAUCUGUGCUGGCUUUGCUGUCCAGUGACCACUCCGUACCUCUUCACCACGAGUUGUCUUGGUCUGUAGCCUGUGUCGGCUCAGCAGGAGCCAUCCUCAUUUUCGGAGGUGUGCUGUUCAUAAUCCUUGCUCUUCCCUUUAGUCCCUGGCAAAAAUGCUUUCCACACAAGGAUAGCACCACCUAGCCCUUAAAAUAGAAAUUAUGCAAACAGUAUCCUUAAUAUUCUUUGAGGAAGUAAACACCAAAUUCCAACAGCUGUGACUUAAAGCUUGCUCUUGGUAUGUAAUUUGUCAUAAAAGACACACUAGGUCUUAACUGAAUUUGAAAGAGGAUAUAACAGCACAUAAAACCGGGACGGCCGUUAGAGUUAGAUUUCGCAGUAAUCUUUGUUUUGUCAGUAAUGUAUGGUGAUAUAGAUGGAACAACUCUUUUAGUAUUAAAGCCGAAUCACAUAUAAACUGAUAGGCCUCUGCAUGCCAAAAGCUGUAAAACUGCAAAUAAAUAUUUUAUUUUUACUAA